CCUCCCCAAACCCUCAAAGUCCCUCACACUUUCUCUACCACAUGUCCACUCCCAUAAUGGCAUCUACAGCCCCCCAAAUCCGUUCCCUCUACCGCCGUAUCCUCCGCGAACUCCCAACCCACCCCUCAGCCCACCAAAAGCUCUCUUCACCCUCCAUGCUGCAACAACGCAUCCGCGCAUCAUUUACCACACCCACUCCAAAAUCAAGCCCGAAUUCAAAACAGCACAUCGAUCAAUUCCAACAAGCAGAGCAAUUCAUCCAAUACAUCCAAGCGCAGAGAAUGUAUGCGACGCUCAUCGAGCGAUAUAAUCCGGGCAUGGGGAUGAGUGAGGAGGAGCGGGUGCGUUUGACGGCUAGGAGGGUGGGUAUGGAUUUACCGCCAGAAUUUAAGGCCGAGGAAAAGUGAAUAGUCAGUUGGGUAGAAGAUGUGGCGUUUGAUUGAGACUGGAGAUGGAUAUGGAAGGAGCUUGGUGAGGGAUUUGGACCUUUUGUAUAGGGUUGUCCCUGAUUGGUGUUGCGCGGAGAUACACGCGUGUGAAGGGGAAUUUACCUAGGGUAGAUGGAUGAUUGUUGCAUCGGGUGGGGAUGGACUAACC